AUGACAUCUUCAUAUUAUCCUAUAACAACAGAUCAUUUUUUUGAUAAUACACAAUUACAAUCUAUUACUCCUAUGUCUCAUUAUUCUUCAUAUCAAAUCACAAAUACAACACAGAAUAAUUAUCAUAAUGAUAAUAAUGAUGAUGAAGAUGAUGAUUUAGAAGAAUUACGAACAGCUGCACUUAAAACAUUAUAUUCUAACAAACGCAAAAAUACUUAUGAUCAUUCACCAAUUCAUCGAAAUUCUCGUUCAUCAUCAAGAUCUUAUUCAUCAUCAUCAUCAUCAUCACGAUCUAGUUAUAGUCGUUCAUCUAGAAGUAGAUCUUAUUCAUCAUCAUCAUUAUCAUCAAUUAGUUCAAAUUCAUUAGAUAGAAAUGAUAAAGAUUAUCGUUUUGAAAUAAAAACUAAACAAACAAUUGCUGAUAUUGAUGAACGUUUUCCACAAGAUAUUCCAAAUAAUAAUAAUAAUGAUGAUGAUACACUUAUUGUUAAUUGUCCUAUACAAGAUGAUGAUUUACUUUUACGAGAUGAACAACAAACAAUAAUAAUAAAUCAUUCAAAAGAAGAACAAAUAUCGAAAAAAAUUUCUAAUCAUAAUAAAUUAUCUUCAAAAGAUAUAAAACGACAAAAAAUUGAAGAUAUUAAAAAAUCUUCAUCAAUACAAGAACAACCUGUUUCAAUAACAGUUAAAUUAAAUUCUGAUAAUUUUGAUCUUCGACAAUUAAUUAAAAAACGUCGUACAAAUGAAUCAUUACCAAAUAAUAAUAAUAAUAAUCAACGUAUAGUUCAUAUUUUACCAAAAGAUAAUCAAACCAAUGUACAUAAAACAAUUCAUGAUCGUGUUUCAUCAAGACAAACAGAUAAAAAUCAAACAUUAAAAAAAUAUCAUAAACAUUAA